AGGAGUAAUCAUUUGUCUGUUCAGCAUUGCUCAGUGUACAACUUCGAUGCUACAGUUAGUGGGCUUAAGCCACGCCAGCAUUGUACAUUAACAGUGCUUUCUUAGUUCUUUAAAUCAAAUGAUUCCUUUCCAUUUUUUAAAUUGAAUUUCGUCAAACAUUAGUGAAGCUUUUCAGUGAACAUUUUCUUGUCAGUUGCUGUAAGAAAAAGAAACAAAAGGAAGAUGAAGAAAAUCUUUAGACUGAGAUUUGUAAUUAUUAUUCUAUGCAGCAUCAUUCUGUUUUUGUGCUAUGGCGGUGUCAAUGCUAUGCAAUGUUAUCAGUGCAACAGUCGCAAUAAUAGCCAAUGUGCCGAACUUAAGCCUCCAGAUUCUAUGAAGAUAGAUUGCUCAAAUCUUAAAGAUGGUGCAAAGUAUACAAUGUGUCGAAAAAUUACACAAGUCAUCGAAUUUAGUGUCAAUGGCUUACCACCUGAUACUCGAGUUAUCCGAGGAUGUGGAUGGGAUGAAUCAAAUUAUAAAGGCCAAUGUUAUCAACGAAGUGGCUUUGGUGGUAGACAAGAGGUUUGCUCCUGUUUGUCUGAUCUUUGUAAUUCGGCAACGCCUGGACCUGAAAUUUGGCUGCUUCAACACUUUAUUUCUUCGUGUAUUCUGAUCAACUUAUUACUAAUGUCUUUAUGGAAUUAAAUAUUCUUAAAAAAUGUUCAAAUUUUCUGUAGAAUUUAGAUAUAAGAUUAUGAUAGACAUAAAUUAAGAAUAAUAGAAAAAUUAAUAUCAACUUUCUAAUGAUGUGAAAUUGUACACCAGAUAGUUAAAAUAAUAAAAUUAUUCAUAUUAAAGGAUGAAAAAUCAAGAAAA